AUGUGCAGAUCACAUGCCAUGCUGCUUGGGAUUGCGUGUCUCAUAACCAUCGUGCAUUCUGCCAAACCUGUUUCUCAUGGACAGAUCAAAGUAUCCUACAACGGACAACUUUCUUCAUCUGGAUCUCCGGGUGCUUUGCUUCGCAAGGAGGAUGUGCAAGAUGAUCGGGAUGUGAAAGACGAUGACCUCGAUCAGGAGGAUGUGCAAGACGAUCCAGACGUGAAAGACGAUAACCUCGACCCAGAGACUGAAGAAGACUCCAAGCCGGUAGAGAUUCAAGAUCAAGUGGAGGACACCAUCGCCGCUGCUCAGAGCUAUGACUUCGACAAGUUGAAGAAUGACUCCAAACGACAUGUCCAUUACACCGCAGCAACUUCACCAGCUCGAGAAUCAGAAUCAAGUCCUUUGAAGUUAAUCUGGAACUUUGAGGGUACUGGUCCACCGGUGCCUGACCCGGCUGAAGCGAACAUCGUGAAGGAGCAGCAUGCGAAGACUUUGGGUCCAACAGCUGUUGUGCAAGGAAUGCAGUCCACUGCCUUGCCACAUCCUGGUUGCUUCCAACCACGACAUGCCACCGACAUUGACCAAGCAGAGAGGUGCCCAGAUGCCUGUCCACUCUUUGCCGAAGAUACGGCUUCGCCGCAGCAUUGCAACUUCAAGUGUGUGAAUACAUCCGAUUGUGGCCUGGAACACACCCACACGAACUUGGCCCAAUCAGUGCCUGAUGAAACCAGGGGAUUCUGCCGACGCUGUGUGGUCGUGGCUUGCUCCCGGUGCAACCGGGCCGCUCAUGGCGAUGUUUGCGCCGAGUGCCAGCGUGGAUUCAGGUUGGAGAAUGGCGAGUGUGUCUCUCAAAUACCUAUCUUGGGAUCACUCUUGAAGGGCUCGCUCUACUUGAUCCUUCUUGUUCCUGUUCUCUACUUUGUCGCCUGGUAUGUGAGCUUGGUGUUGCGAAAGGCAACCAAUUUGGAGGAGCAAGCCCAGGCUUUGCAAUUUCGAACUCAAACCAAGCUUUGCAAGCCAGACUCUGGCGAUGAGCGGGGUACCGAGCGUCAACUAUGGCCUUUGAGGACAAAUACGCUGGCUGUACCUGUGGCUGGUCCAGGCUCCGUGCUCUUCUUCCGCUAUCAGCUCUUCAUUAUGAUUUGGGCACUCGUUCUGGCCACACUUUGGGUUGCUUCCGUUUCGAUGACAGAUGGAAGUCUCUAUGCCCUUGGAACGGAAGAUCCUGAGUCGCCCCGGGAACUUUGUGCAGUUAUCCACAGAGGCUUUGAGCAACAGCGAACGAUGAUGUCCACGAAGGUGUACUUCUUGCUAGUCGCCUACAUUGCAUCACUUGUCCUGUGCAUCAGCUUCGGCAUCUUCCAGCAGAGGACCUUUCAUCGAUUGAACAAUGAUGCAACGCAAGCGGAUUUUGUCGCUUUGGUGGAUGGCUUGCCUGCCGUUCAUGGUACGGAAAACUUGGAAGAGAUCCUCAAAACGGAGCUUCAGACUGGUACCUCCCAAGAGAUUGUGGGCGUUUCGGUUGGAUGGGAUUUCGCCCCGCAUGCUGAGAAGAUCACCGAACUCCUGGAAUCUGAUGUUCGGGCACUCGACAAGCUCCCGGGCUCGCCCGAGACCGCCGACCCCGCGGCCACUUCGGCCACUUCGGCCAGGGCACCGGUGGAGGGAGCGUCGCGGCCCAGGUGGUUUCGCCCGAUGGACCGAUUAAUGUUGACGCAGGUUUUGGGGAUUGAACUGACUACACCUGCACCGGCAACGGCAGAGGCGACUUCGGGAGAAACCCUGGCAAAGAGCUUGGUGUGCUCACCAAAGGCCUUGGUGGUUUUCAAGACAGAAAGUGGCAGGGAUGCUGCCUUGGCUGCAAAGAAAGACAUCUCCUUCAGGGGAAAUACAUUGCAGAUCAAGCCUCUCACUUCGGAGCCGAUGGGGAUUUGCUGGGAGAAUUUCGCGGUGGUCCGCCAGAAGCAAAGGGAGAGGCUUUGGGCAGCCAUCAAAAUGAUCCUGUUGGCCAGCUUUGCUUGGUCACUUUUCAUCUAUUUGCCAUUUGCGCAAUAUGCCUCAUCAUUCUCCUACUCCAACGGCGACAAGCCAUCGAUAGGGAUGACCAUCUCUCUGACUCUCAUUGUGGUUCUUGGCAACCUCUUCAUGUACACGACCUGUGCAGAAGCCGCGAAACGAAUUGGUUUCAUAAAUCGUGAUGCAGAGGGCGGAGCCUACAUGGUGCUCUAUACCUUCGCGAUCUUGCUCAACAUCAUGAUGGAUGCUGCCCUCACCGGAAGCAUCGCCUAUCGCACGGCGGUGGGCCAACGAGCACGGACCUAUGGUGGAACUCUCAUUGCGGACUUGACGCGAGCUCAAGCGAUCUUUGAGAGCUUUGAACUCCAGCGUCAACUGGGUCUAGCGGUCUUUAAGUACUGCUGGCCGGCCAUGUACCUGGUGCCCUUCAUAGGAGAAGCUGUUGGUGCUAACUGGUUUACACUUCACUUGGCACGCUUGGUUGUUGCCAGCUUUCCACACAUCAAGGGAUUCAAGGCGCAGCAGGCUAUGAAGGUAUUGGUGCCAAUGGAUCCAGGGCGUUAUGCAGAUGUUCUCAUCAAUAUAACCGCAGGGGUCCUGAUCUUCUUCUUACCUGGUGGCUACACCUUGCCCCUCCUAGUGGCGCUCAUUCUGUCGCACGUGUUUAUUAUCCUCUUCGACCACUUUCGUGUAUUGCGAUGUGUCCCGUCCUUCUGUUUUUCCAGUUCGGUCGUGGAUGACUAUGCACAAAAACUGUUGAUCCUUCCUUGCGCUUUGAUCAUGGCCGCUUUCAUCCUCAAGUCCAACUGCACUCUGACGUCCACCUUCUGCGUCCAGGAUUCUUCUUUGGGCUUAUCUAUGUUGAUGGGAGGUGCUCUGCACGUUGGCUUGCAUUGGUGGGCGCUCCAGGUGAUUGUUCCGAAAUUUGGCAAUGUGAAAGAGCAUGUGCCCACCAAGUUUACCUAUGAACAGGUUGCCUCACUUGCUGCACCAUCUUGGUUUAACCUGAACCCAGCGUACUGCCUGCGGUCAAAGUACUUCUACAAGCACGAGACACCCUGCUACUACCUGGUCCAGGGACGAGAGCAUGUCCUUCGGAAGAACGAUAAAGCAAUGUCCUUCUUUGAAGAUCAGCGGAGGGUGGUCAAGGAAACUUAUGGCCGCUUCCAGCUCGGAUGA